UUUAAAGCUUAACUUCUUAAUACAGCACUGUCAGUCUCAGUCCUGGCCACCGCAAUGGACAUGCUGCUCUCCCUUUGACACAGCUCCAAGCAAAUUUAUUUUUGCAGAAGCCGGAUUUGGAUUACAGUGCAGGGUCCAGAACGUAAGAGGAAACAACCAUGUCAGUUACUCUAAAGAGCAUCAAGAAACUUGGACAGGAGAAUUCAUCAUUUGAGUCGGAUGAAUCAGAUAAUCUAAAGAACUCAGAAAAAUAUGAAAAUGGCCAGCCAGCACCAAAAAAAGCAGAGUCUAAAGGAAACAACAUACGAGUUGGCUUCUUCCAAUUGUUUAGGUUUGCCUCUUCCUCUGAGACCUGCAUGAUGGUCUUUGGUGGCCUGGCUGGAGUGGUCCAUGGUGCUGCUCAGCCGUGCAUGUUACUAGUCCUCGGGAUGAUGAUCGACACAUUUAUAAUGUUUGAUAUUGAGUCACAAGAACUUCGAGAUCCCAACAAGGCUUGCAUAAAUAACACUAUCAUGUGGAUUAAUAACUCCUUUUAUGUGAAUACUAAUGACACAAUGAGCUGCGGCAUGCUGGAUAUUGAGUUUGAAAUGACUCGGUUUGCUGCUUACUAUGCAGGCAUUGGAUUUGCUGUCCUUUUACUUGGAUACAUGCAAAUUAGUUUUUGGGUAACAGCAGCUGCCCGACAGAUCCAGAGAAUAAGGAAACUUUAUUUUCGUAAAGUGAUGAGGAUGGAAAUUGGAUGGUUUGAUUGCACAUCAGUUGGCGAGUUGAACAGCAGAAUGUCUGAUGAUAUCAACAAAAUCAACGAUGCCAUUGCUGACCAAGUGGGGAUAUUCAUCCAGAGAUUUACAACAUUUAUUGCCGGCUUCCUAUUGGGAUUCGUAAAUGGAUGGAAGCUGACUUUGGUGAUCAUAGCUGUGAGCCCGCUCAUUGGUAUUGGAGCUGCCCUAAUGGCCCUGUCAGUUGCAAGACUAACAGGCAGAGAACUACAGGCCUAUGCUAAAGCCGGAGCGGUCGCUGAUGAGGUUCUUUCUGGAAUUAGAACGGUAGCUGCAUUUGGAGGAGAACUGAAAGAAGUUGAUAGAUAUGACAAAAACCUUGUCUAUGCUCAGCGCUGGGGGAUAAGGAAAGGCAUCAUUAUGGGAUUCUUCACUGGAUACAUGUGGUUUAUAAUAUUCCUCUGUUACGCAUUGGCAUUUUGGUAUGGGUCUAAGUUGGUUCUUGAAGAAGAAGAAUAUUCACCUGGAAACCUGUUACAGGUGUUUUUUGGUGUGUUGGUUGGGGCUUUGAAUCUUGGUCAAGCAUCUCCUUGCUUGCAGGCCUUUGCAUCAGGACGAGGAGCAGCCACACACAUUUUUGAGACCAUUGAUAAGGAACCAAAAAUUGACUGUAUGUCUGAAGAAGGGUACAAGCUGGACAAGGUCAACGGGGAAAUAGAAUUUCAUAACAUUUCUUUCUACUACCCAUCUAGGCCAGAGGUCAAGAUUUUAAACAAAUUAAACAUGAUUAUCAAGUCUGGAGAGACCACAGCAUUUGUCGGACCCAGUGGAGCUGGAAAAAGUACAACCAUUCAACUCAUUCAACGCUUCUACGAUCCUGAUGAAGGCAUGGUCACCUUGGAUGGACAUGACAUACGUUCGUUAAACAUUCAGUGGUUGCGGUCUCUGAUUGGCAUCGUAGAGCAGGAACCGGUUCUGUUUUCUACAACAAUUGCAGAAAAUAUCCGCUUCGGGAAGGACAGUGCUACUAUGGACGAGAUCAUUAAUGCAGCAAAAGAAGCCAAUGCUUACAACUUCAUCAUGGACCUACCACAGCAAUUUGAUACCACGGUUGGAGAAGGUGGAGGACAGAUGAGUGGAGGACAGAAGCAGAGAAUUGCAAUUGCAAGAGCCCUUGUCAGAAACCCCAGAAUCCUCCUCCUUGAUAUGGCCACAUCUGCUCUGGAUAACGAGAGUGAAGCCAUCGUCCAAGAGGCCUUAGAUAAGGUCCGUUUCGGCCGCACGAGCAUCUCGAUCGCACAUCGGCUGUCCACAAUUAAAAAUGCAGAUGUAAUCAUUGGAUUUGAGCAUGGCCGGGCGGUGGAGAGAGGAACCCAUGAUGAACUGCUGGAGAGAAAAGGAGUGUACUUUACUUUAGUGACGCUACAGAGUCAAGGAGAUAAAGCUCUGACAGAAAUGCAGAAAGAAAAUUCAGAAAGCAAAGAAUUUGUGGAGCCCAAACUGGAGAAGGUCCAGUCCUUCAAACGAGGCAGCUAUCAGUCAAGCUUACGUACAUCUAUUCGUCAACGCUCAAGAUCUCAGCUUUCAAACAUAGUCCCUGACACUCCAUUUUUGACAGUACCCGAUACCUCUGAGGCUUUGCAAUCAGCAUCUCAGUAUGAUGACAAAGGCAAAGCUAAGAAGGAAAUUAUAGUUGCUGAUGAUGAGGAUGUGGAGCCGGCUCCAGUUGCCCGAAUCUUAAAAUACAAUUCUCCAGAGUGGCCAUACAUGUUAUUUGGUUCUUUUGGAGCUGCUGUAAAUGGUGCUGUCAAUCCCCUGUACGCCUUGCUUUUCAGUGAAAUUCUUGGGACAUUCUCCAUACUGGAUGAGAAAGAACAGAGAAAUCAAAUCAAUGGCAUCUGCGUGCUUUUUGUUCUCAUUGGAGCCGUUUCAUUUCUGACACAGUUCUUACAGGGAUACACGUUUGCAAAAUCCGGAGAAUUACUCACUAGAAGACUUCGUAGGAUUGGAUUCCAAUCCAUGUUGGGUCAGGAGGUUGGUUGGUUUGAUGACCCUAAGAACAGCCCAGGAGCUUUAACCACAAGACUUGCAACAGAUGCUUCACAAGUACAAGGGGCUACUGGAUCACAGAUCGGCAUGAUUGUAAACUCUCUCACCAACAUUGGCGUAGCUCUCAUCAUUGCAUUCUACUUCAGUUGGAAAUUGAGUCUGGUGAUCUUGUGUUUCUUGCCGUUCCUGGCAUUAUCAGGAGCCCUGCAAGCUAGAAUGCUCACUGGAUUUGCUAACCAAGAUAAAAAUGCGAUGGAAACCGCUGGAAGGAUCUCGAGUGAGGCUCUGGGAAACAUUAGAACAAUUGCUGGAAUUGCUAAAGAAAAGAGAUUUGUUGAAAUGUACGAGGAGCAGCUGGAGCCACCCUACCAAGCAGCCAUCAAAAAAGCCAACGUUUAUGGAUUGUGCUUCGGUUUUGCUCAAUGUAUUGUUUUUAUCGCUAACUCAGUCUCAUACAGAUAUGGAGGAUAUCUGGUAGAAGUGGAAGGACUUCACUACAGCUUUGUGUUUAGAGUCAUCUCAGCUGUUGUGACCAGUGGGACUGCUUUGGGAAGAGCAUCAUCCUAUACCCCAGAUUAUGCCAAAGCUAAAAUAUCUGCUGCCCGCUUUUUUAAAUUGGUGGAUCGUGUCCCUAAGAUUUCUGCCAAUAAAGAUGACGGAGAAAAAUGGAAUGACUUUAAAGGAAGUAUUGAUUUUCUGGACUGCAAAUUCACAUACCCUACCCGUCCAGAUAUACAAGUAUUGAACGGUCUGAAUGUUUCGGUGAAGCCAGGACAGACUCUUGCAUUUGUUGGAAGCAGUGGAUGUGGGAAGAGUACCAGUGUGCAGCUUCUUGAGCGGUUUUACGACCCAGACAAGGGCAAAGUUUUGAUCGACGGCCAUAACUCCAAAAAUGUCAAUGUUUCAUUUCUCCGAUCUAAAAUUGGAAUUGUGUCCCAGGAGCCAGUGUUAUUUGACUGCAGUAUAGGUGACAACAUAAAGUAUGGUGAUAACUCCAAGAAAUUGACCAUGGACCAAGUGAUGGAGGCAGCAAAAAAAGCACAGUUACAUGACUUUGUUAUGGAACUACCAGACAAAUAUGACACCAAUGUAGGAGCGCAUGGAUCUCAACUCUCUCGUGGUCAAAAGCAGCGUAUUGCCAUUGCCAGAGCCAUCAUCCGGGACCCUAAAAUCCUUCUACUCGAUGAAGCUACUUCAGCACUUGAUACAGAGAGUGAGAAGACUGUUCAAGCAGCCCUUGACCGUGCAAGAGAAGGACGUACAUGUAUUGUAAUUGCCCAUCGACUGUCGACUAUUCAGAACUCGGACAUCAUUGCUGUGAUGUCUCAAGGAAUUGUCAUUGAGAAAGGAAAUCAUGAAGAUCUAAUGGAGAAGAAAGGAGCUUACUACAAACUGGUUACAACUGGAGCACCUAUUAGUUAAUGUAGACAUGCUAAUGUAAUUGUAAAUGAACUUAGUCCUUUACAAUGAAGAUAUAAAUGUGGCCAUAGAGUAGCUCUGACUAUAUGCAAAGAAUAGCAGAGUGGCUAAACAGUCACAAUACUGUAUUGCUUGCAUUAACUUGUACAAGACAUUCUUAGCAUUGACAGGAAUAGACAAAAUGACCUGUCCUCUGGUAACACCCAGUUACCAAGGGCUAUUCAUUAUUACUCCCAGCAUGUGUUUGCAUGUUAGGUUUUGGAAGGUCAACUGGGCAUACUUGUACCAGCCAUGUUAUAGCCGCAGGAUUUACACAACUUUAUAGACAAAGCUGGAGAAUGGGAAUUGCUUACAUAAUGGGGGAGAUGUAUGGAAGCUAGUGCAAGUUACAGCAGUCCUCAGAUUGAAUAUGAGGCUGAUAUAAACACCAGUUAUCACUGGCACUAAUGUUAGCACAUCUUCACCAUUCUCUGGAGUGUACAUAGUAAUUAUAUAUUUAUUAAUACAUGUAUAUGUUUAAUUUACAUUAGCUCGGAUAUCGAUAUAAAUAUAUACAGAAUAUAACAAAUAUGUGAAUGUGGGUCUGUGAUGUUGGCUUAAAUAAGGGUAAAGGGGCUAUCGUAUUAAUUAUUUUCAUACCAAAAGCUGCUUUCAUUUAAUUUUUAGUGUUUCUAGCAUAGAAAUUAAAAUUUUCACCAUUUUUCAUUUUCAUGUGUCCCCCUUGGUGAUGAUGCUAAGUAGUGUAGGCUCUGAGCAGAAUCAGACUCCUUCCACUUCUGGCAGCUGACUAUGUAGUCCCUUAUAUUUCCUCUAUAGAAGGAGUCUUUUCAGCUAUACAGCCAUGCUACUGAAGAUGCUAUUCUCCAGGGCAGAAAGCUAUUUCUAUUAGCUAUUCUGUAUUGAGAAGUGGACCAAUAUGCAGAGACUUGGCUGUGUGGAGAUCGACUGAUCGUGCAUCAUUUGUCCACCAACACUCAUCUCAUAACGUGGACGUUGACAUUGCUUUAACUAAAUUACUAUGUAUUAUAUAAGUGGAUGCCAUAACUUUGCAUUAACAGUGUGUAAACAAUUAUUUUAUGAUCCAUACAAUGAAUUUGAUACUUGGGAUGGAAAAAAAACUUUAACCCUAUGGGCACACACAGCACCUGCUACACAAGCCCCAGAUCUCUCUAAGCAACACUAAUUGGAGGAGAGGAGCUGGUUGACAGAGCACAGAUCCUGAUGGGCCACUUGCGUGUCCUCUUUAGAAGGAAUACCUAAGGGAUGUACAAUACUUUAGAACUCAGUAGUAAGUGUGUAACUGUUUAUGGGCAUCUAAUAGUAACAAUAAUUUAAAACAUCACUUACAUUAUAGAGCCAUUUUAAUACACUCUAUAUUAUGAAUCAAAAAGUUAGGUACCACCUACGUAUUUGUACAUAUUUGUAGUGAAUGUCCACCCAUAAAACACAAAUGUUUUUUAAUCGGCAUAGCUUGAAAAUUUUGGACUAAUUACUGGUAAAUAUUUCUUUACAGCAGCUCCAAAUCCCCUGCCAAGUUAUUAAAUGUUAACAUUCUGACUGCUUUCUGCCACCACUAGGGGGAUCUCAAUGUCUGUGCAGCAGCUCUGAGGUCAAUAAUAAAAAUAAUCUUUAUUUAUAUAGCGCCAACAUAUUGGGCAGCACUUUACAAUCAGAGGGUUCAUGUAUAAGCAAAAUCAUACAUAACAUAGCAACAAAACAAGUCAACAAUUAAAACAAUUGGAAUGAGGGCCCUGCUCACAAAAGCUUGCAAUCUGUGAGAAGUUAUUGUGAAAGCUUUCACAAAUUAAAAAUAAAAAUCGUAAUAAAAAAGACUGCUUCUUCCUCAAAAAUUAAAACAAAAAUUAAAAUACUUUUAAAGAAUGUAGCUCUAAUUUAAAUACCUCAAUAAAAGACCUUGUUAAUGCCAGAUUCCUGUAAAUGUAAACAGAAUUUUCUCAAUUCCAUAGACAAUAUGCUGAAUUUAUAGUUUGUUGUCACAGCAGAUAAUCUCAUUUGAUACUAUAGAUAUUUUUUGAUUCAUGGAUACUGCAUGUUGUCUACAAUAACAAUCUAAGCAAUAAAUAACUAUAAAAAAAACUCUUGAUGACUUUGUUUCUUUCAGUUGAUACAAAUGAUUAUAGAUAAGGUCCUUUAAAAGGGUAGACUCCUGAAGACAACCCCUGGUCAUAUGCCCUGCUAAGGCAUACAGGUGUUAUUAAGGGUGUUCCCCAUUCAUAAUCCUCUCUAUGAGCCAGAAUGGAGAGUCACUUUGCAGUAGCUUUGCCCAAAUGGGGGUCACAAAACCAAUCAUAUAUUACCACAGAUGAACAUUGAAUGGUUACCUUGUAGGGAUAAUGACAGCUGGCAAAAAGUUUAACCUGGAAAAAUCUGCUGUGUGCCAGGAGUGGAAACUGGGACAAUCAGAUUAUUGUACUGUGACUCACAUUCUAGAAGGAGUUGUCCUUAAUGGAACAAUGCCUUUAUUUCAGUAUCCAGAAAAUAAUCUGGCACUUCACAAAACAAGAAGCAAAAUACUGAUCAGUGAGAGAAACUAAGGAAAGUUAUAGCAGUAAAUCUUGUGUUUGGGUGAUCUCCCUGAAGGUUUUCCAAUCCUACUAGGGGGUUUAUAGACUUUUUAUGUCUGUUUAGUAAUCCAGUAUAUGUAAUAAUCAGGUCAUACUGGAGCCAGAGUUUUAUUGUACUAUAUUUUUUUACCUUUAUUUGGUCUAUUAACAGUGCUAAACAUCAAUUACUGUAACUCAAUUUCAUCACUGCUGUUCGAAAAGCUUCUGACUGCGUAAUUGUCACGAGGGUGUCAAGAACCACGCCUGACUCCGUUAUACCCGGG